AUGACUAUGUCUGCAGCAUUAGUGACUAUUUCAUGUGGGAGAGUGAUGGAGGGAGCAGCAGCAGCAGCAGUUUGGGAUGCUUCAGCAUGUUGGGACAUUUUUGUGGAAGUGGGGUACUGGUGCGAGAGCAGUGCAGUCAAAUUGCUGAAUAUCACAGAGAAAAAUUCAGUAAGGUGGAGGCCAGGCAGUCUGGACACUCGAUGUGCCAACAAUACAGAUAUGGUCAUAGAUGAACCAGAAUUUCUACCAUUUGGUGCAGCUGUGAAUGCCACAGCUUCAGGCCAUCAGCUAGGAUCACCAUCAUCCUCCAUGCUGCCAAAUGCUGGCCCUUCCUGGCCAUCACUCAGCAUGCUUGUGCCAUCUUGGGACUCACCACCACUUUCACCAGAGUCACAGCCAUCUGCUGCUGAUCAACAAUGGGAGGCAUGGCAAGCAAGUCAUUCCAUGCCAUCCUUGGCCACCAUUGUGCCUAGCUGGGAUUUGCCAACAUCUUCCCCAGCAGUCUCACCCCCACCUAGAUCAUUGCUGGCAUCUGCACAAAUUCCACAAACUGUGGCAUCUCCUGUGGUUCAUGCAUAUAUGGAUGAGCAGUUAGAUGGUGUGGCAGCCUCCAAGCCACAGCCCAUCCUGCCUAUAUCAUGGCAACCAUCCCCCCAGCCUAUGGCCACCAAUGCCACUGCUGCAACUUGGGUAUACAAGGACUUCAUGACAAAGGGCCAAUUACAACAUCAGUGGAAAAAGCAUGGUGGCUUGCAGUUCUUCUUGCAGGACUGA